GUUAUCUUUCUCUUCUUUCCUUAAACCAAAACCAAAUAAGAGAGACCAGACAAUUAUAAAAAAAAAACUGUAUUCUCCUCUUCUCUCUCAAACCAUGUCUUCCGGAAAUGAAUCAACCCCGUCUCAGGCGACGAUAGAAACGACGGCAACGUCUCCGGUGAAGGUUAAAGAGUACCCUGAACCUUUGGCUUCACAUGAAGAUAUUGUGAAAGAUCUUUCUCUCUUCUGGGAUUCUCUCAGGCGUUUUCACUCCAUACUAGCCACCAAAUUCAUGAUUCCUGUGAUUGGUGGAAAAGAACUGGAUUUGCAUGUUUUGUAUGUGGAAGUCACGAGGAGGGGAGGAUACGAAAAGGUAGUGACAGAGAAAAAAUGGAGGGAAGUUGGAGGAGUGUUUAGAUUCUCUGCAACUACAACAAGUGCUUCUUUUGUCUUAAGGAAACAUUAUCUCAACCUUCUCUUCCAUUACGAACAAGUUCAUCUCUUCAAUGCUCGUGGUCCUCUUCUCCAUCCAACAGCUACAUUUCAUGCUAAGGAUCCUUCAACGAGCAAAGAGAUGGCUCUCGUUGAAUACACUCCUCCAGGCAUAGGAUAUACUAGUUCUCACCCUCCUCCUUGCCAAGGUUCGUCGAGUUUCACAGCCAUAGGUACAAUUGAAGGCAAAUUCGACUGCGGUUAUCUGGUUAAAGUCAAGUUGGGCUCGGAAAUUCUUAAUGGUGUGCUUUAUCACUCAGCCCAGCCCGGCCCAUCAUCACCAGUUGCUGAUCCAAACGCUUCUGUUAUUCCGUUUGUGGAAACUGGGAGGAGACGACGUCGUUCUGGUAAAAGACGUAGAAGCAGACGCAGAGAGGACCCGAAUUAUCCUAAACCGAACCGGAGCGGUUAUAAUUUCUUCUUUGCUGAGAAACAUUGCAAGCUAAAGUCUCUGUAUCCAAACAAGGAGAGGGAGUUUACGAAGAUCAUCGGCGAGUCAUGGAGCAAUCUCUCAGCCGAAGAACGAUUGGUUUAUCAGAAGAUUGGUUUGGAGGACAAAGAGAGGUAUCAGAGGGAGUUGAACGAGUACAGAGAAAAGUUAAGGCUCAGUGCUGCUGACGAGGCAAGCGGCAGGGUUUUCUAGGUGGUUUUCUUAUAACGGUUGAGUUAAUUCUCUUGUACGUCGUUUAUCUCUUGUAUAACCGAACGUUCUGCCGUUUUCUAACUUUUCUUUAUUGUAGUUGUUCAUGUCAAACUAAGCCCAUUGAGGCCCAUUGUGUAAGCUACUAAAUAGGCUUGACAAGAUUAGCUGCCCGUUUGGGAAUUGAUAUUUUAUUAGGCUCAUUCUGUA